AUGGCAGAAAUUCAAAAGCCACAGGGAUCUGUUGUGAUCCUUGGAGCUGGAACUCAAGGUAGACGUCUGGCGCACAUGUGGUCAAGCCGCGGUGGUACUGUCCGUCUGGUAGAUCUCCAAGAACAACAGCUCCAAGAUGGUCUGAAGUACGUGGAUCAACUUCGUGCCGAUACAAAGGAUCACGAUGGCAACUGGGGAAAGAUUGAGACUUCCCACCCCGAUCAGCUGCAGUCUACGCUGCAGGAUGCGUGGCUCGUUGUUGAGUGUGUUCCUGAGAACUUGAAGUUGAAGCAGAAGAUCAUCACCCAGCUUGACGAUCUCGCCCCUGAAGGCACUAUCAUUGCUUCGAACUCCAGCAGUUACGGAAUCUUUGAAAUCAUUGAGAGUUUGACCUUGAAGAGCAAGAAGAGAGUUAUGAGCGCACACUGCUACUGGCCUCCCGAGACUUCAGCGAUUGAAAUUAUGGGCCACAAGGAUAGCGAUCCCGCCCUAGUUGAGCUCGUGUUGGCGCAGUGCAAAGAGCACGGAUUCUCCCCCUUCCAUGUCAAGCAAGACUCCAUCGGCUACAUUUACAACCGAAUCUGGGCUGCUAUCAAACGAGAGACUCUCCUCGCAUUGUCCGAGGGUGUUGCCUCACCCAGUGAGAUCGAUGCUAUCUUCAAGGACGUCCUGAAGACCCCCAAGGGUCCAUGUGAGCAGAUGGACGUCGUCGGUUUGGACGUUGUGUUGGACAUUGAGAACCACUACGCGGAUGCCCGCACUGGACUUCCCACUGAGCCGCGCGAAUACCUUAAGAAGAUGAUCCAGGGUGGAAGCCUGGGCGUCAAGAAUGGCCAAGGCUUCUACGGCUAUGAUCAGGAGAAGAAGUGA